AUGGUGCAAGAACUCCGUUUCGACAACCAGACCGUGGUGGUCACUGGUGCUGGUGGUGGUCUUGGGAAAGCAUACGCUCUCUUCUUCGCCUCGAGAGGUGCCAAUGUCGUGGUCAACGACUUGGGCGGUUCCUUCAAGGGCGAGGGUGGUGGCAGCACAAAGGCCGCCGACCUCGUUGUCAAUGAGAUCAAAGCUGCGGGCGGCAAUGCAGUUGCCAACUACGACAGUGUCGAGUUUGGCGACAGGAUCAUCAAGACCGCCAUCGAUAACUAUGGCCGUGUCGACGUCCUCCUUAACAAUGCCGGCAUCCUCCGCGAUAUUAGCUUCAAGAACAUGAAGGAUUCUGACUGGGAUUUGAUCAAUACCGUCCACAUCAAAGGUGCUUACAAGUGCGCAAGAGCUGCGUGGCCAUAUUUCAGAAAACAGAAGUACGGACGUGUCAUCAACACGGCUUCCGCCGCUGGUCUGUUCGGCAGCUUCGGUCAGUGCAAUUACUCCGCGGCGAAACUGGCUCAGGUCGGGUUUACCGAGACCUUGGCCAAAGAGGGUGCCAAAUACAACAUUAUUUGCAAUGUCAUUGCCCCUAUUGCCGCCAGUCGAAUGACGGCGACCGUGAUGCCUCCAGAGGUGCUCGCCAGUCUCAAGCCUGAAUGGGUGGUGCCUCUUGUAGCUGUCUUGGUCCACCCGUCCAACACGCAUACCUCCGGUUCGAUCUUCGAAGUUGGUGGAGGUCAUAUCGCCAAGCUAAGGUGGGAACGUGCCAAAGGCCUGUUGCUCAGAGCCGACGACACCUACACUCCCGGCGCCAUCCUGAAAAAAUGGGACAAGGUCAACGAUUUCUCUGAGCCGGAAUACCCCAACGGUGUCGCCGAUUUCGUGUCCAAAGCGGAACAGUCAAUGAAGCUGCCACCCAACGAACAAGGCGAGGACAUCCGCUUCGAUGGGAAAGUCGUCCUGGUGACUGGCGGUGGUGCUGGUCUUGGCCGGGCCUACUGUCUCGCUUUUGCAAAACGCGGCGCCUCUGUUGUCGUCAAUGACCUCGUGAACCCAGACACCGUUGUGCAAGAGAUUGAAAAACUCGGCGGAAAGGCGGUUGGCAACAAGGCUUCGGUCGAGGACGGUGAUGCCGUGGUCAAGACAGCUAUCGACACAUUCGGUAGAAUAGAUAUCUUGAUCAACAACGCCGGCAUUCUCAGGGACAAGGCUUUCGCUAACAUGGACGACAAGCAAUGGGACGACAUCCUCAAUGUCCAUCUCCGUGGCACCUACAAGGUAACAAAGGCAGCAUACCCGUAUAUGCUCAAGCAGAAAUAUGGGCGAAUUGUGAACACAAGCAGCACGAGCGGUAUCUAUGGUAACUUUGGUCAAGCUAACUAUGCUGCCGCGAAACUCGGCAUACUGGGAUUCUCUCGAGCUCUGGCGUUGGAAGGCCGCAAGAACAACAUCUUUGUCAACACCAUCGCACCCAAUGCAGGGACGCAAUUGACCCGAACUGUGUUGCCCGAGGAGUUGAUCCAACUCUUCAAGCCCGAAUAUGUCGCUCCUCUGGUGCUUGCACUCUCCUCAGACAAGGUGCCGGAACCACCAACAGGCCUCCUUUUUGAAGUCGGCAGUGGCUGGCAAGGACGAACACGAUGGCAAAGAAGCGGCGGCCACGGAUUCCCUGUCGAUGUUCAGUUGACGCCCGAGCACGUUGUCGCGCAAUGGGAGCGGAUCAUCAACUUUGAUGAUGGCCGUGCGGAUCAUCCUGAAACCCCUACGGAUGGCUUGAAAUCUAUCAUGGCCAACAUGGAGAACAAGAGCAAUAAAUCACAGAAGUCCGAGUCUGGGACAGACUACUUGGCAGCAAUCGAAAAGGCCAAGAAAGCGCAAGCCAGUGGGACUGAAUUUGUCUACGAUGACAAGGAUGUUAUCCUUUACAACCUGUCUCUCAACGCGAAGAGAACCCAGCUGCCCCUCGUCUACGAAAACGACGACAACUUCCAAGUCCUGCCAACAUUUGGCGUCAUCCCCUAUUUCAGUGCAGUUGCUCCCUUCUCGAUGGACGAAGUUCUUCCGAACUUCUCACCUAUGAUGUUGCUGCAUGGCGAACAGUACCUCGAGAUCCGGAAGUAUCCUAUUCCCACGGCUGCCAAAUUGAUCUCGUACCCUCGACUGGUGGAGGUUGUCGAUAAGGGCAACGCCGGGAUUGUCGUGACUGGCACCGUCACCAAAGAUGCAAAGACCGGAGAGGAUAUCUUCUACAAUGAAUCCACCGUCUUUGUCCGUGGAUCUGGUGGGUUUGGAGGACCCAAGAAGGGUGCCAACCGCGGCAAUGCAACGACCAUCUACCAACCGCCCAAGCGCGCCCCAGAUGCCGUUGUCGAGGAGAAGACCUCGGAAGAUCAGGCUGCUCUCUACAGACUGAACGGUGAUCGGAACCCCCUGCAUAUUGAUCCUGAAUUCAGCAAAGUCGGUGGUUUCAAGGAUCCUAUCCUGCACGGUCUCUGCUUUAUGGGAUUCAGCGGUAAACACAUUGUCCAGACCUACGGCCUCUUCAAGAACAUCAAAGUCCGCUUUGCCGGUACCGUUAUUCCAGGCCAGACUCUGGUGACUGAGAUGUGGAAGGAGGGUAACAAGGUCAUCUUCCAGACCCGAGUCAAGGAAACUGGCAAGCUAUGCAUUGCCGGCGCCGGAGCGGAGCUAUUGGGAUCUCCCAAGCCCAAGUUGUAG